CAUCCCUCACUUUGAUCAAUCCGUUUCAUUCGACUAACAACCCAUCAGAUCAAUUCAUCUAAGUUGUGAUGCCGCGCAUCAAACAAGAAAGCGGCCGAGUCCGCUCAAUGGCGACUCCGGACUCCAUUCCGGAUGCCCCGUCUGAAACGGCUAGUGAGCGAGUUCAGAGGCGACGUCCAGUCCGUUCGGCAGCACCGAGUAUCGAAACUUGUGUACGACCUACGACGGCGUCCAGUCCACCCAACGGUCCGGAGGAUGAGGAUGAUGACCUCGUAAUGCUGGAGUUUCGACGUGGGCCCAAGUCCGAGCAUGAGCUCAACCCCUUGGGCCCGCAAAGCGUCCAGAGCUCCUUCGCUGGGGCCAAUCGAGCGCUUCGCUGCAUGGGCCAGAAGCUCAAAGACAUCAACGAUGCAUUGGGCGAGCUCCAAGCCCGCGGCAUCCAGCAUGUCGCCAGCUUGCCAGAGCUGGUUCUCGUCGGGGACCAGUCCUCCGGCAAAUCCAGUCUUAUGUCCGCCAUCGCGGGGCUCAGCCUCCCUCGCAGCAGUGGAACUUGCACUCGGUGCCCAAUUCACAUCUGCGUCUCUCGCGCCGAUGAGUGGUCAUGCCGUGUCUUUUUGAAGCAAGAUUACGACUUUUGUCCACCCAACCACCCGCUCACGGAGCGAGACGUUACAGGGAACAACAAAUUCCCACCGUGGGCCAAACUCGACCCCAGCCGUCAAGCACGGCGCAAGUUCAAAACCGUGAGGGACCAGUUCGACUCCGAGGAGAUCGAAACCGUUCUUCGCUGUGCCCAAGUUGCCAUUCUGAAUCCAUCGACCCAUUACCAGUUCUUUAUCCCGAAGCUGAAGGGCGAAGCAUCUGACAACACUCGCGAGCAACAUCUUGAGCAAGUCAAGAAGAAAGAGGAGAGAUCUGAAGCGCAAUUCUCUCCGAAUACCGUAGCGCUGGAGGUCAAGGGUCCAGAUCUAGCGGAUCUAAACUUCUACGACCUCCCCGGCGUUUUCAUGACUACCAGGCGCAGCGAGGACAUCUUCCUGGAGCGCGUUGUCCAGAACCUUACGCGAGAAUACAUUUCGCGCCCUAGUGCGAUUAUCCUCUGCGCGGUUCCGAUGAACCAGGACACGGAGAAUUCCCUUGCCCUCAAGAUCAUCAGGGGCCAACGAGCCCAAAACCGGUGUAUCGGCGUCAUGACCAAGGCCGAUCUACUGCCGCGCGACGACCAUGCUGCCUCGGGCUGGCUUGGCAUGCUCAACGGAGAAGCCCACCAAACCGGUUUUGGUUAUUUUAUUACUUCCCGCCAGGGUAGCGACCUGGACGAGCAGAACAAGAUGGAGGAGAGGUUUUUCAACCGUACUGCGGAUGCUACAGGCCACUGGCCCGAAGUAUUUGAUCACUUUAAGGAGAAGUGCGGCGUUGAGAAGCUCAAGGUGUUCCUGUCGGAGAAGCUGGGUGAAGAGUUUGCCAAGACACUGCCGGAAGUGAGGGAGAAGGUAGACAUCCGCCUCGCCGACAUUUCGAAGCAACUGAAAAAAUACCCCGAUCCACCGCCGAACCCGGAGCUGGAGAUUAUGAAGAGGCUGGCGGAGUUUACAAUUCGAGUCAAAGAUCGUGUCAUGCACCAAGACUUUAUGAGUUCUUGGAACGAUAGCUACGGCGGACCGUUUAAGGCCCUUAUUCUCAAUAUGAAGCCAAAAUUCAACGUUCGCGAGCACGCGAAGGUGUCGAAACCAUCCCCAGUGGUCAUCGACCUCGACGGCGACAGCCCGACACCAUCGCCCACCGUUCGGAAACGCCCAGCUCCGGCCAUGGACUUGACCCGGGCGUCCAAUCCCAAGAGGCAGCGGCGAGUGAAUGCCGUCGUCAAGACCGAGGCGCGGGACAACCACAUGUUCCCCUCAACCCCUCGCCAUACGCGAAGUGCGACGCCGGCUAUGACGUCUUCCCGAGGCGGCCGGUCUAGGAGUCUGAUGGACAUCCGGCACCUCAUCAGGCGUGCCGCAGUCCCAGGCCAACCCGGUCUCGUGUCUGCCAGCGUUUACGAACCAUUGUUCACCGAGGCCGCCAAAAGCUGGGACAGACACCUCCACAAGUUCGUGGACAACACGCUUGCCCUUCUCCAGAGCGAGAUCUUCACGAUUCUCGACGCCGCGUUCGCGCACCUCACAAACCGCGCCGUCUACAGAGAGUCACGCGAGCACAUGCGCGCCUUUAUCGAAGCCCACCGCACCGAGCUGCGCGCCCAACUCGACUUUAUCUACAAUCUCGAAUCCAAGCGGCUCUUCACCAAAGACGAAGGAGCGCUCAAGCGCAACCAGGCCGCGGAAAAGCAGAUCCUGGUACGCCACCGCAACCACUUCCGCAUUGCCGCCUACAACGGCGAGGAGCUCUGUGCCGUCCCAAAGAUGGAGGACAUGACCGACGAGGACCGGAAGCAGGAAGAGUCCAAGAUGGUCAACGAGCUCAAGAACCUCGGCCCGGAUCCCUUCGAGCCUGAACUCGCUGUCGCGGCAUACAUCCGUGGGUAUUACCUCACUGCGGCUAACCGGUUUGUGGAUUAUGUUUCGAUCCAUGUCAUGUCGGGCCUGCUGCCGCGGGUGGCGUCUGUGAUUGAAAUGUAUCUGCACGAGAAGCUAGGCCUCACCAGCAGCUCGACCGCCCCGGACGUACUGGAGCGAUUGAUGUCGGAGGGCCCCGAAAUAGAGCAGAAGCGUCGGGAUCUGCGCGCCGAGAAGGAGACGCUUGAUGGCGCGAUGGAUAUCAUUGUCAACCUGGAGCGCCACGCCCAUGAGCAGCAGUUGGCUGCGGCUGCCGCUGCCGCCUCGCAGUCGCAGUAUACCAAUGGAUUUGAUGCGUCGCAGGAUAGCAUGGGGACGCUUGGUGUUGGCCAUGCGAAUGGUAUUGCGGACCGGGCGACGGUGUACUCGGCCACGCAAUUUGGCGAUGCCUGAUCAGUUGGGCUGCGGCAUGAGAGGGAAGGUUUCCUCCGCUUUAUGUUUCUUUGCCUCUCUGUUCAUUUCGGUCGGUCUCGUCGGACGUUAUGGGUCGCGCACGAUAUCACGGCUGUGGGUUGGAGUAUCGAUACUGCAGGGUUUGAUCAGCCUGCUGGUCCUGUCAGCUGAUUUUGUAAGCCUUGGUUGGCGCACUAAAUCUCUUGUACUAAGAUGGUGGAUUUCCACGUACAUUCCGGCAAGACCAACACUUCAUACU